GAUCUAUAUAAUGAUAUUCUAGAACAGACUGCAUUUGCUAAUUGGGAAGAUUCUCGUGAGCCAAUCUAUAAAGAUAUCAAUAUCGAAUCUCAGCAACAAGUUGUUGAAAAAUUAGAAAUUGGUGAUUUAAUUGAUUUAAAUGAUUCUAUGAUAGUUAAAGACA